UGAGGAUUGAGCAGAGAGGAGUUUCUCAAGCCAGAUGAGAGCACAGUCUGCAAGGACUGUUCAAGACUGGUCGCUCUCUAAGGAACAAGAGUUUCCUAAGAAAACCGGAAUACCGUGGAAAUGCCUCACCUGAACUUUCCAGACCACAUUCACAUGGGCCGUCCGAUGUAAAGGAUUUUACUGCGCCAAACAAGGAAACUGAGGGAUCCAGAAGUUACAGGCUGUGCAAUGUCAUCUGGCCGUGAGUCUGUAGGGGAUCUGAUUCCCCCAGAUAUGCUGCAGGUGUUCAGUGAGGACCGGCAGGGCGGCAGGGGCAAAAGGGGCAGGAGAAGGGCAGCAUCCUUCAGGCGUGCCUUCAAGUGGUUGAAGAGGCAGCGCAGGAAAACCCGCCGACGCGCUACAGAGAUACAUGGAGACCUGCUUGCCACUGGUUCACCUGUAGAACUACCAAAAUCAUCAUUUGUCACAGGCCCUAAAGAGGAAGUUGUGGGAGCUAUUUCUCUUCAGGAGUUCCAAGAAAAUGUGUUUGUGGAGGGUAAUCGGCCUAAAUAUGUGUUGGACCUGCACACAGAGGCACAGCAGGGCCUGAAAAUGCAGCAGCAAGAGGAUGAUAGGAAUGGGAUGGACUACCCUGAUGACCAAAGUAUGAUUUCAACAGUAACAGCUCAGACUGAAGACAGCAUGGCCUUCAGUGAGCUGAGAGGCUUUGAGUCUGAGAGCACAGCUGCCGAUUCUGUUUCGAUGUGCUCCUCCAUCUCCUCACGAUCAACACGCUCAGGACUCAAACGCCAAGCCUCUACAUUCAGCCCUCUGAAGCCGGAUAAAACUGCAGAGAAGAUGAAGUCUCACAGGAAACAUGGGAGAACUGUUGUAGGAAUUCCUCGACAUGUCCAGAAAGAACUGGGGUUGGACAGGGCAGCAUGGAUCACCACAAAUCCUCUUGAUGGUCAGCUGUUCAAUGUAGACAUGAUUAUACCUGCCAUAAUUUCCGCUGUGGAUAGCACAUCUUCCAGCUCUGAACAAGAAAGUGUACAAGACCAUCUACAGGGCGUACAGAACCUGUACACAGUUAAAAAAGACAACACAGAGCUCCCCACACUGACAAAACCCAAAGAUGACGUCCUCCAAAGGCUCAUAAACCAUUCUGUAGAUCCAGAAAAGUCAGGAGCAGGCGUUCUAGGUGUUCCUUGGACAGAGAACCCAACCGGUGCAGUGAUGUCCAUCUCACCUCAGGCCACAUACAUGUCUAAAAUCAUUCCAAAUGCUGUACUUCCACCAUCUGUGGAUGUUGUGGAGCUCAGUCGCAGCCGAAGUCGCAGCAGUGUCCGAACCGUCAGCAAAAGCAGCCUGGUGUCAGCCAGUCCAGCAUCAACACGUGCUUCCUCCAGAGUCUCUUCACGUUGUUCCACAACCCGCUCAAACUACUCUGGAUGGACCCACUCGGGAUCAUCAGAAACGCUUGUAUCCGAUUCUUCUACCAUCUCCAGCAGUAGCACUCCCCGUGUGGCCAGCAGAGGGAGUCAGGAUGGGAACACGAAUAGACCAGCCAAGCUGAACAACCACGGUUCCCAUGUUAAAACUACUCAUGUGAAUGGGGGCUCUACCGAGGAGGAGGACAGCGGAAAGACAGGAUCUGCUGCUGCUUUCACACGCAACCUAUCAGUGAUUAAACGGGGCAAGAAACCUCCAGCUCCUCCCAGCAGGUCAUACUCUUUACACAACGGAAAUCAGACCUGGAAGACAUCUGAGAGUCCUACCUACUUGCCUGAUGCCAGCACUCCAGAUGGAUCACCAUACCCUGUUGUCAUGAAGGCCACCACUCACAAGUUGAGCCCUAAGAUAGGCAUACCUCCCUCCAAUGGACCUACAACUGUCCCAACAAAGGAGAGCCAGCUAGUCAGCACAGACAAGAAAACGAUGUUAGCUCAGCUAAAGAUACACAGAAGUAACCUUCAAGUGUCUUCCAUUGGCGCACCACAAUCAUACACACAUGGCACCGGUAAGCUUGCUGAACUUAAGAACACCCUUCUGUCUGCAAAAAGUUUAAUCAAUGGCAACAAUUCCUCACCAGCUGUAAUGGCUCUGUUGUCUCUGUUUGAGAUGCCCACCCAUCCCAAAGUACUGGCUCCGCCAACUCCUCCUCCUGAGACCUGGGCUCACAACCAGCGGACUUUUGAACUGCUGUGUGGGCCCGGACCUGUAAACUAUGCAUGCUGGGCCAAAAAGAGAGGUCUUAAAAUUGCAGAUGAACCAGAAGUGGCUUUGGCAAAUGCUGACAGAGUAGCACCUCUGUUGCAGCCAGUAGAGAUAAAAGGCAAAGUUGAAUCCGUAGCGCCACUUGCCUAUGUCGCCCCCUCUCCAUCACCUCCCCCAGAGCAUUGCCCACAAAUACCGAACAACAGCCACGCCAAACCUCCUCCGCCCCCUCCGGACUUUGUUCCCUCAACUCCUACACUAGCUGCCAAAGCAAUAAAGGACUUGACUUCUUGGAUCCCUCCACCUCCUCUGUUUCCUCCUCCGGCACCUCCAAUAGGUACGACUACAGUAACUCCUGUCGCUGUGCAAAACGAUAAUGACCUCUGUCCACCGCCCCCACCAUUUUCGCCACAGUCUUUACUGACAAUGCCUCAAUUACUGCCAGAUAUUCCACCACCACCACUGCAGGAAGUUCCACCUCCACCAAGACCACCUUCUGAACCACAGAAAAUCUCAUCCCGUCCGCAAGAAUCCCAACCUUCGACACACAAUAUGUUAGUAACAUCAUCUGAAACUUCUCAACAAAUCAACGUUCCUCCACCUCCUCCACUACCUACUGAUGUAAGAUCUCAAGUCAUUGUUUCUCCACCUCCUCCACUACCUACUGAUGUAAGAUCUCAAGUCACUGUUUCUCCUCCUCCUCCUCCACUACCCACUGAUGUAAGAUCUCAACAAGUCAGUGUUCCUCCACCUCCUCCACUACAUACUGAUGUAAGAUCUCAAGUCACUGUUUCUCCUUCUCCUCCACUACCCACUGAUGUAAGAUCUCAACAAGUCAGUGUUCCUCCACCUCCUCCACUACAUACUGAUGUAAGAUCUCAAGUCACUGUUUCUCCUUCUCCUCCACUACCCACUGAUGUAAGAUCUCAACAAGUCAGUGUUCCUCCUCCUCCUCCUCCUCCACUACCUAGUAAUGUGAAAAUGGAGGACAGACUAGAGAUGGCAGAAACGGAGAAACGGACAAGCAGUCCCUCUCCGGCCAAAGAGGAGACCUCCGGUCCUGUGGUCACCCAGUCUCUACUACAGAUGGUUCGUCUUAGGUCGGUUAAGUCCAGUCAGAGCCCUGCUGUAGAUCCUGAUAAACCAUCACAACCCAAACCAAAAUCAGGUGUCAAUCAAGAGGUGCCUCCAAAGCCAAUCAGACGAUCUUUGAUUUUGACAUCACUGCCCCCUGAUGUGGAAGCUCUUUCCAACACAGAGGCAAAAACUGAAGCUCCGUCCCUCAACACAAACACAACCACUGUAUCAAAUACUCAGCAAGGAUCAUCUGAACCAGAAACUCAAUCAAAUAACAUUGCUCAAAUAACAUUGCCAAAAAGCUCAUCAGCUACAUGUCCACCUACAGAACCAAGUAAGAAUCUAGUUCCUGCUGAACCAGCAAAUAAACAACCCUGUGCUGAAACAGAACCCAAACCCCAAACCCUCAAGGAACAAAUUCAACCUACAGUGCCUGACCCGGAAACCCUGCCAAGUACAACAGAACCAAAGGACCAAUCAAUCAUUGAGCCAAAGACUCAACAUCAGGCACAAGAACCCAACAAGACCCCGCAUAAUUCAGAGAAGCAAUUAAGCACCGUUGAAAUACACUCAAAGCCAGAUGGUGAGCAGCCAAAAACCCAAACACCAACGCCCAUUGUCUCUUCCACACCUCCCAUAGUCUCUUCACCAGCGAACCCCUCCAUGCGUCUCCAGGAAGCCAUUCGUCUAAAGGCUGCUGCAAUGUCUUCAAAAGACAACCAAGCCAAGCGGUUUGGUCUACGCUCCCCUCCUCCAGCCACGGCUAAUGGCACCACUGUACCAAACUCCCCUGCAUCUAUGGCCAGCUUCAUCUUCUCCAAAAGCCCAAAGAAGGUCGUAAUAGAGACACCGUCAUCCUUAGAGGUUCAGGCUGACCUGAGGAAAACUCUAGUGGCAGAGUUAGCAUCUGUCUCCGAUUCAGCCAAGUCUAAUGACUCACACAAGAUGGCUAACAAAGUUCCUCCACCAAUUGCUAAGAAACCCAACGCUAAGGUUGAGAGCGUUGCUCAGAACUCUGCAGAGGCCCAAUCUGUAGCCAAGACUGAGCAUGUGCAAACAGAGACUGUACAAUCUGCUGGACAGGACGUACAGACAGAGAACUCUGAGAAAACGAAUGAAUGAAUAUGUACACAAAUGAUUUAAUAACCCUUGAGUUUUUGCUUUAUUUUGCAGAUAACCCAGGCUUUAAAUCCUAGGCCCAAACUGCUUAAGCAAUUUUGAAAUAUAAAAUACCAAAAAAAGUCUUUAUGUACAGAUAGGCAUAUUGCACUUUUUGUACACUGGUUUAGUGUAACUGAUUCUCAUUCAUCAUGGGAAUGCAUGUCACUGGUAUUUGGAAAUUAUAAAUAUUCUUAUUUUAUUUAUGUGUCCUCUGUCUUAGACAGAAGCCAUGCUACCUUCCAGGUUGUAGAACUCCUCCUUGCUGGUAGCACUGUAAAAACAACGGUAACAUAGCAGGACCAAUUAAUCUCUAUGGUGGAUUUUUACAGGCAUUAAUGUAUGCCUGAAUACGAGAGCAGUGUGAAAGGAAAUGAAGGUAAAGCAUGUAAGUAAAAAGAAUGCAAAGAAGCCAAACAAAAAGGGGAAGAACAAUUAGGAGAAUGGACCGCUGAUUUUGGGGUGGGGUUUGUGACUAUUCUGUUUUCUAUUUGCAGUGUGUAACUAAGCCUAUUUUUUACUUUUAAAACUCCAAGUCAAUAAAAGUGAUCAUACACAUUUCCCACCCCAAGUAUCCAUACAGUAUAUAGGAAUGUGGAGAAGGAAUCUGAGCAAGUAUAAAUUAAACAGAAGGAUGGAGCCGAUUAAUGAAACAAAAGCUGUUUCUCACUAUUGUGAGUGUGCAAGUAGGGCCAAGAAGGUGGUGAGAAGUCAUGAAACCACAUAAACAAGAGGUCUAAGGUGUUAAUCUCUGUGUAAUCAUUACUUUUGGUUUAUUUUUUGUAUUUUCACAGAGAAGGUAAUUAGUUUACAUAGUUGAUGUACAUUACAGUCUGCUACAAUCUACAAAUAAAAGAAAAAUAAUGUUUUUAAUAUAUGAAAAUUUUCUCAUGCACUAUGCUGACAUUUUUAUUAUUGUUCCUCUUUUUAAGAAGAAUCUCUUUUUAAGAAGAAAUGCCUUAUUUACAUAUUGUGUCAAAACUCUUUCUCUACAAAUAUAAAAAAAAAUGAUUCAUUGUGUUUCAUCAUGUGAUGAAAGUAAAAAGUGUAAAACCCUUACUAAAGUAGCUUCAUGGUGACUUUUCUGAUCUGGCUAUGGUUUUUUCUUUUUUGAAAGUUGUUUUAUUAGAUGCUGCAAUAUAUAAACAUGCAUAAUUCAAAAUAAAGAACACUGACUGCUUUAGUCACA